AUGACGCUCGGGUCUGCGGUGCCAGCUCACCCUGAGGCAGAGCCGGGCGUUAGGGCUUGGCCUCUCGGGCCUGCGCAGGCGGCCGUCCGUGCCCUCGGCGAGCACAGCUGGCACUGGUGCCAGCGCACGGUGACGCGGACGGUGUCCUGCCAGGUGCAGAACGGCUCCGAGACGGUGGUCCAGCGAGUCUACCAGAGCUGCCGGUGGCCCGGGCCCUGCGCCAACCUCGUGAGGACCCUCAUCCGGCCGACCUACCGGCUGUCCUACCGCACGGUGACGGCGCUGGAGUGGAGGUGCUGUCCUGGGUUCACGGGGCGCGAAUGCGACCAGGAAUGCAUGAACUGUACCCGGCUCAGUGACAUGAGUGAGCGGCUGACCAUGUUGGAGGCCAAGGUUCUCCUCCUGGAAGCGGCUGAGCCCUCGGGCCCGGACAAUGGCCUGCCACCCCUGCAGAGCACCCUACCAACCUGGAACGAGGACUUCCUGCCGGAUGCCAUUCCCAUUGCCCAUCCAGGACCCCAGAGGAGGAGACCCACGGGUCCACCUGGACCUCCAGGACAGAUGGGACCGCCGGGGCCUGCAGGGCCUCAGGGUUCCAAAGGUGAACGGGGCCAGACAGGAGAGAAGGGCCCAGUGGGACCUCCAGGUCUUACGGGGCCACCAGGGCCACGCGGGCUUCCUGGAGAGAUGGGACGCCCCGGUCCACCAGGCCCUCCCGGCCCAGCAGGCAGCCCUGGCCUCCUGCCCAACAUUCCGCAGGGCGUCCUGUAUUCCCUGCAAACUCCUGCAGACAAGGAGGAUGGAGACUCCCCGCUGACCCCUGCGGUCGUGGACACCGUGCUGACGGGCAUUCCGGGCCCCCGGGGCCCCCCCGGCCCCCCUGGGCCCCCAGGACCACACGGGCCCCCAGGACCUCCAGGAGCCCCUGGAUUGCAGGGUCUGGUGGAUGAGCAGGCUGUGGCACAGCCAUCUGGUGAGCCCGGCGUGAGGGGAGGAGAGGACAGAGCCGCCGCAGAGCAGGGCGAGGGCGUGCAGCAGCUCCGAGAGGCCCUGAAGAUCCUGGCGGAGAGGGUGCUCAUCCUAGAGCACAUGAUUGGCGUACAUGAUGCGCUGGCCUCCGACGGGGCCUCGGGGCAGGAUGCGGCCCUCAGAGCCAACCUCAAGAUGAAGCGGGGCGGGCCUCAGCCGGGUGUCCUGGCCGCCCUGCUGGGCCCUGACCCUGUGCAGAAGAGCGCAGAAGACCGGAAGUGAGCGACCCUCUCUCAGGGCAAGCCCUGUGGACAGCGGCAUCCUGAGUGACGAACCAAUCAGAACCGCCAAGUGGGCGAUUCUGAAGGACCCUGGGGGCCUGGGCCCUGGGGAGAGGUUGUGCCUCCAAGGGCAGGGCCCAGCGCUGACUAGCAUCCCAAAGAGCCGUUCUCCCCCCAACCCCUCCACCCCGCCUCCUGCCUUCACCACCCAGGCUGGGCGGGUGGCAGUUGGGAGAAUGAUGGCAGUGGCUGAGCCCCGCCCAGCAGGGCCAGCUCAGGUGCUUUUCCUGUUGUCUCAUUUAACCGUGAAAAGGUGCUCUGAAAAGGUGCUCGUUGAUCCCCACUUAGCCUGGUACUGGACCCCGGGCCGGGGGAGGGGCGGGUUUGCCCCAGGCCUGGCUGUUACUGGCUGUUACGACCUAUAACCCUUGUAGUUUCCCUCUCCUUAAGGUGUGGCCCAGAGGACCCCAAGGUGCCCGGGCUGCUGGGAGGCAGGGCGCCUGGAAGGACCCCUCCUGGGGCAAGGGGCCCCGGGGGGAGGGUCUCAGCAGAGAGCCUGGGAUCUGGUUGUUCUGAGCCCUCACCUGCCCCUGAUGGAGGAGGAGGAGCAUUUGGUGAGACUGUCAGUCUGUCAAUCUGUCAUGGAAACCUCUAGGCCCUCUGCUGUGAUGGGAUGACCCGGGUCCUCCACCGCAGGGGCCGUGGGUCCCAGCAGGUCCCCGCCGGCUGGUCCCAGUCCUGAGGCCUCCCCCGACGUGCUGGGACUGUCGUGACCCUGGCGUCCUCCCACCCGGCCAGCCACGCAGAGAAAAGAAGGGCUUAGUGCCUCCAGGACUGUCCUGGCCUGCUGGGAGUGGCCGUCCCCGGCGCUUGGGCCUUGUGUAGCCUGUGUCCUGGCCCCGCCGGGGCUGCGGCUCAUCCUGGCAGCAUCCGUCUCCACUGAGAGCUGGCUGAGCCCCAAGAUGUGAUUUCCAAUAAAGGUCCUCUCCCCA